AUGGUUGUUAUGUAUAAUGUCUUCGGCCGCCAGAUUGGCUCCCACUGGCUGGCCAUGGCCACUCUAGGCACGACUUUCGCUGUCCCUUACCUCAUGACACGUGGUGGCAAACCCACGCCCCAGGCAGCACCUCCCAUCAAUGCUGGAAGCAAGGACGAAGCCAAAUUUAUCGAAGAAUUUUUACAGGAAUUCGAAAAGGGAGAAAAGGCCAAAUAA